AUUCACCAUAAUGUCCAGUGGGAUAGUACAAACUCUCGAGCAUGACAUAUAUAUCAUUCAGCUUACAAAGCUUAUGAGUGUCUCGUCCAUGACACUGUACCUCUAUGACUUCCUCCUGACACACGACGAUGAGGUGCUGUUCAUGUGGAAAGCUGGCUUUGGUCUUGGGAAAGUCGUAUAUUUCUCAGUCCGCUACUUGACGCUGUUCGUCAUGCUAUUUAUAAAUAUUAUGCUAUUUCUUCCUCAAGUUUCAGACGAGGUAUGUCUAUCGUGGAUACGAUUUCAUUGGGUAACUGGUGUUCUAAUAGGAUUUCUAACGGAGAUUCCUCUUGUAUUGCGCAUUUAUGCAUUAUACAACAAGAACAAGCAAAUUUUGGCCCUCAUAGUAACAUGCCUCAUUGCAACCGCCCUCAGCAUGUUAAGUAUCAGUGCAUGUAUAAUGCGUACAGAAGGGGCCAACUGGAUUACUCUCGGAGCUGGUUCUGAUAUGCAUAUGUGUGUUCCAACAGACGUGGGAAAUCUUUACAAAGUCUUCUGGAUUCCACUGCUGCUCGACGAGUUCCUACUAUUAUGCCUUGCUUUAUUGAAAUGGUAUCAAAACCUUACUGUGCAUGGUAUACAGGCUGCAGCAACGAACGAGAUGGUUAAAGAUUCAAUGCUAUAUUUCGGCACGACAUUCUCGUUUUUCUUAUUCAGCCAUCUGACAUGGGUUAUUGGAGGACCACUAUACAUUGAACUUCCGGUUGGUUUUGCCAUAACUAUGGGUGGUAUUAUGUCCCAGAGAUUGCUCCUAAACAUACGGAAAUACCGAUGGGGACAGGAUGUGGAAGAGUCACAAAAAUCUGUCUCGAGUUUUUCUGGGCGAGCGCACAGAUUUGCAGUGUCUGAGGACAAUAUUGAAUUAGAGAGUAUGGGAUUUUGA